CGAGAGUGAGGUGAGAGAGUAGAUUGAGUGUUCAGAGCUUCUGCUCUCACUCCACAUACAGCUGUGCAGGAGAGAUGCGAGGAAUAUCUUGCAGUUUCUUCAUCCAGCUGUUGCUGAGAGCCGCUUCUUCCUUCAGCUUGGAUACAUCUGCAGAAAUAAAGCUGGAAUCAUGUGUUUUAAUGUGUCUAAACGCACUGGGCUUUAAAGGGCCUGAAUGAGAGCAACCGGCGCUCAAAUUCAAUGAAUCAAAAGAGAGAUUUUAGCGCUGGUGAAGAUGAACUUUGGGACAGUUGUGAUCUCUGCGGGUCUGUGCGGGCUGCUCAGCUUCAUCCUGCUCGCCGUGUCCAUCGGCACUGAAUACUGGUACAUUAUAGAUGUGGAUGAAGGGAAGAACUCCAGCCUGGAAUACAGCAGCUCUCACUCCGGACUCUGGAGGAUUUAUGAAGGACAGAAUGGCAGUUAUCAUGACAUCUCAUUCUACACGGACACCUCCGACCACACCGAGCAGGAGAAGCACCUUUUAAAUUUGCACAGGGUCAUAGUGGUCCUGCUGCCUCUCAGUCUGGUGCUGCUGGUCUUUGGUGGGAUCUUCGGUCUGGUGGCGUCUUUGGCUCAGAACUUCACUCUCCUCACCUGCAUCGCUACAUACUUCCUCAUCUGCAGUCUAUUGACGUUGUCUGGCGUGAGCAUCUAUAUCAGUUACUCUCAGCAAGCUUUGGAAGAGCUGCAGCACAUGGUGGAUAUUGAGUCACUGUCUCACGUCCACAUGUCCUUCGGCUGGUCUCUGGUCAUGGCCUGUCUGUCCUUCUGCCUGGAGCUGCUGACGGGGAUCCUGUUCAUGCUAGCGGCCCGUCUCAUCCACCGUCAGUGCCACCACGAGCCUGCUGCAAUGCUCUCCAUGAGCCAGAGUUCACCACAGCUUCUGAGACUGCAUGAUGAUGAUGUGAUCAUUUCAUCUACAGCCUUAUCAGGAAAUGAGUUUGUGCUGCGUCAAAGUUAAAAUGGAGAGUGCCGGGUGGCAAAUGAAACAGCUGCAUCAAUUAUUGAGUGAGAGUGCUCAUUCGAGGACUGAAAAAUGUGUCUGUCUCACUCAAGUGUGUCAGUGCAAUCACAUGUUUUCCUCAAGGCUUCUAGAAACACAUUUUCCUGAGCUCACCAGUGUCAUGUGUCAUGCAAUUUACUGUAUAUUACAUGAUAAAUCAAUCCAUUUCAACAUUUUAUACAAAUUUUAGUACAGCAAUCUGCUUAUAUACUUAAUUUACACAUAAAACUUUUUCAUACUGAGAUUUAAUAUUCAAUUGCUGUUGUGUGUGUUUUAAUUCAUGCUUAUUAGAAAACUGUUCUGCUGUAAAACUGUCAACUCACAGUCAGUCAUUUUAUUUACCAUCUACUGCCAUUUUGAACCAUAAUAAACAUUACUGAU